CUUAAUCUAAAAUGAAACGAAAUAAGAAAAAAAAGAUUUUUUUUAUUCAUUUUCUUUCUGGGUAUUUAAUAAAGCUCCGAAAUUCGUAGCUGCUCGUUCAAUGGAAGUGUGAGAGUUCUGGAAAAUAAGGCGCUUUUCAGGGUUUUUUUUUCUUUUUCUCGCUUUUAAUUUUCUUGAAAUCCGAGGGUUUAUCAGUGUUUGAAUGAGAAUUAUUGGGGUUUGAUCGUUGAUUGAAGCGAUGGGUAGAUCGUUUAAGGACUCAAUUAAGGCUCUUGAAGCUGAUAUUCAGCUCGCCAACACUAUGGCAUUGGGCUAUCGCCGAGAGGUAGAUGGAGCUUGCAUCCAGAUGAGGCUGUCCUACAGCCCAGCUGCCCAGUUCUGUCUUUUUCUCAUCCAGUGGUUUGAUUGUAAGGUUGCCGGUGCACUUGGGCUGCUUCAAGUUCUUGUUUAUAUGGCGUACGUGGAUGGAAAAACGUCUAUGUACAUUAAAGAAAGGAGGGCAAGCAUUAAGGAGUUUUAUGAGAUAAUUUUCCCUUCAUUGCAAAUCCAAAGAGGGAUUACUGAUUUUGAAGAAAUCAAACAGAAAGAAAUAUGCUCUCUCCGGUACUCCACCAAAACCAAAGGGAAGCUUUCCGAAGUGGAAUUGGAAAGAGAAGCAGAGUGUGGAAUCUGCUUGGAACCUAAUGGCAAAGUUGUUUUGCCAGAUUGCUGGCAUUCCCUCUGUCUAAAAUGCUACCAAGACUGGCGUAGCAGGUCGGUUUCGUGUCCAUUUUGCAGAAGCAGCCUAAGGAGAGUAGAUUCAGGUGACCUUUGGGUAUGUGUGGAGAAAAGUGACAGUGUGGAAUUGCCUGAGAUUCUAAAGGAGGACUGGCAGAGGCUGUAUAGGUACAUAGAAAAAUUACCAGUCGUCAUUCCAGAACCUCAGUUCAAUCCUUAUUAUCGCCCUCACCUUCGGUGAGGGCUGAUCGGGUUGAACCAAUAUUAUGUAAAUAGUUUUUAUGUGAACAAGUUCUAGUAGCGUCACGUCCGGUUAUUGAUCCCUCGUGCCCGUGGGUUGAUGUGCUGUUCUUGAGAUGGCCUUUUUUUUUUCCUUUUUCUGAUGAUCCUUUGGGUUUCUGCUAGUUUCAGAACAUAAUGGUGUACAUAAAAUGAAUGUACUUGUUUUUAAUUCUCUGUGCAUUGGAAUUUAAUGAGUUAGACGGUGCAAAAUGCAAACCCGUUCUACAAUGUUAUAAAUUUCAUAGCCAGGG